AUGGUUCCAAUUUAUACGAUAUUCGAUUUGCUAACGUAUUUUUUUAUAAGACAAUCAGUUUACUUUGCAACAAUAAGAGAUUUAUAUCAAGCAGCCAGUAUCAUAUCAUUUUUUAAUCUUUUAUUAGAAUAUUUAGGAUCAUCAGAGCAUAUCCGUACAAUAAAAUUAUCAAGGGUUACUUCCACCCCGGCUCCUCUUCCAUUUUGUUGUUGCUCGUUUAAUCCAUCAAAACAUACCUUAUUAUUACCAGGAUUGAAAUUAGGUGUAUUACAAUAUGUAUUGAUAUUUUAUUUAACAACCUUAAUCGCUUUAAUAUUACAAUUCUUGGGCGUGUUUUGUAAAGAAAGCUGGAGUAUUUAUUUUCCUCAAAUUCAUUUGGUAUCGGUGCAAACUGUUAGUUCUCUGAUUGCUAAUUUAUGUUUGAACUUUUUUUUUCGAGCCGUGAAGGAUGAGUUGUCUCGUUAUCAACUGAUCUUAAAAGAUAUUUGCAUCAAUUGGGCACUCUUCUUUGUCACUUAUCAAGAACACGCGUUAGCCAUAGCCGUUUUCGUGGGACUCAUAAGGCCAACGGAUAAUUUGACGGCCGAUGAUAUAUCGACAGCGAUUCAGUCAGUGUUGGUGUCGAUAGAAUUCUUUUUCCUAUCCAUACUACAAUUAAAGGCAUUCUCUGCUGCGGAAUACAGUUCGAUAACCGGCAAUGCCUUGUCAUCGCCUAAUAAUUCAUUUUCUUACAAAUCGAUGCCACCUUAUACAACUCUAGAAGUUUUAUUAGAUGCUUUAAAUCCUUUUGACACUAUAAUAGAUUUAAUGUAUGUGGUAAAUUUUAUCUUUAAACAUAUGAUAAUGAGAAGGCCUGAACCCGCACCACCUCAUCAUGAAGUUAAAAGAUUAUCGAAUUUAAGAUCUGAACCUGAUUUGGUUCCGAUGAUUUCGUGUAUAGAUUUAGGUGAAAGUAAUAAUAAUUGA